AGAUUUCAUUAUAAUUUAUUUGAAUGACAUGACAGCUGAUAGAAACUUUCGCACUCGCACUUGACGCGAGUAUCGUUGGAAUGUCGCCGUGCCGAGCGAAUUUGAGACAAAUUUCAAUUCAAUUCCAAUAUGGCUGCUUGUCGCUUGCCAACUUGCGUUCGUGCCUCUCUUUGUUGUCUUCGCGUGAAUUGAGAUAUCCCAUCGCGAUUUUCGACGUUGAACUGCUCAAAUAGCAAGGAAGACAUUAUUCCUAUCAGCUUCCAGAGGAGCUCAAGCCGCGCGUUGAUCUGGAAGUCGCACAUUGUCGCGCUGCUCUGUGUCUUUCGUGCGUGUGUGCAGAUCCAAUUCGACGACAAGUUUCUUAUUACAUUUUGCCAGAUUCACGCGAAUUUUCCCAUGCGAUUGUUCGAUCACCCGCGUUUGGUGUUUGCCAACAAUUCCAAAACUCUUCGGGUCAAGGGAUUAGUUUGUGUUGGGGGCCUGGUGAUUUGAGAGUGCAAGGAACCACUUUGGUGUGUUGAGUGUCAAAAAUCGAGUCGACGUCCAAUCUGAGUGCAAGCCAGCGAGCAAAACGACACAGACGGAUCAGUCUCGUUCGAGAAUUGUGCAAUUUCGAGCUGUCCCCGACCUGGUAUUAUGUUUGGAUGCCAUCCAGUCGUUCCAAAGUGGAUUUUCCGCGGCCAAAAAUUGUUGUGAAUUGAAUUCAAUUGCCCAGUGAUAGAGCAAUGAAGGUGUCCUUCUGCUGGUAAAAAACGAACCGCGAUUCGCGUUGAAAACAAACCCAAAGUGGCCUUUUCGAAACGUGAAGAAAGUGAAACCCAUAUUUAGUGGAACCAAGCCACGCUCCCCCAGAAGAGCCUGAAGUGUCGGGCGCCGUGAAUAAAUUUGCGAGGUCAUCGCCAUCGUUAAUAAAAGCAUUCGCACCAGUGGCCCGUACGCGGGACACCGAAGUCACCUACCCUGUGGAUUACUACUUGAUCGCCGCCUGAAGCCUUGGGUUCGAAAUCUCAAGCCAGCCACCACACGCUUUGAGGAAUUCCCAAAAAUAGACUCUGGGAUCUGCGGCUCCGACGUUGCGGACGACGAUAAUCUGCUAGAAGCAUUUCGUCGCUGCUGUCGCGGUUGUGUCAUCAUCUAUCCUCAUUAUCAUCACAGGCAUCAUCGUGGCUUAAAUAUCGUUCAAAUACUAGCGAUUUGAUUACAGUACGGUGUAGUAUUUACACAUUUAUACAGUCGACGACUGGAAGCACGCGUAUUCAUUAGGUGAGAAGAAAUACCUUUUCGUGGCAUGACCGGAAAAUCCACAAGCUUCUGAAGUGAGUGAUUCUAUGCCCAUUGUGAUUCAUCCUUUAGUUUAUAUCCAAUUCUGAUCCAAGUUACGUAGAGUUGAAUGUGUAAGCAAUAGAAUUGGGGGAAAAGUGAUAGAGUGCGAUAUUUUAUGGAAAGAAGUAAAAAGUGAUGCGAUUGAAAUAAUUAGUUUUUCCGAAUAUUUUAUGGUAAUUUAUAGAAAAUCCAAACGCUUAAAUUGUUUCGAAUACUCAAAGGCCGAGAAUAUCACAUCGGUUCGCUUAAAAAUAUGAUUUGAGUUCACCAAAAACCGCUAACAUGUAGAGUUUAAGUUCACUAAAAAUAUAAUCGUAAUUAGUCGAGAAAAAUUGAAUUAUGUGAUAUGACUACUAAUACUUAUUGUCGGCCACAAAAAUGCAUCCAUCGGGCGGGAAAACAGCAACGGGUCGUCCCGUUAACUACGCUGCACUUGCAAUCGAAAUUAUCAAGCAGGACUUGCAGACAUAUCAAGUGAGCAAUGGACAGCUGAACUCGGGCUCAUCAUCGCCACAAGUGCCUUUACAAAAUGUUGGUACAACGCAAAAUCAACUAUCGGAACAGGAUGUACAAAUGUUGGAGAAUUUAUAUGCGGGAAGCUAUGACAAGUCCGGACUACGUGGAAUUAAAUUGCCGAGGCCGGAUGGUAAUGACUAUCUUCCGAAAUCGCAUGACCUGCCUCCUCAACUCAAUGGUCAUAGUUCUAAAGUGAAAUCAAAGGUGAUUCGAAAGCCAAGUGAUAGUGAGAUACCACAGCCACCCAGUUUAUCAUAUCAUCGUGGUAGUCCGGCGUUAGAUUCAGGAGCAGGUAGCUCAAGAUCGGACAGCCCCCAUUCGCAUCAGCAACUUGUUCCAGGCUGCCGAACUAGUACCGGACAAUACAGUCCAUCACCAUGCCCGUCGAAUUUUAGCGAUACUCCUCCACUGCCACCGCCGCGAAAUUCCUCAACGCCACCAACUCCACCUCCGGCUCCUACAAUAUUGAAACGAAGAUCACCGGCAACAACACGACCGGUCACUCAAAGUCCUGCCCGUGGUACAUCGCCAGUUUCAAAUGUAAAUCAUCGACAGCCACCAAAUCCCGUAGUUGCGCAGAAUGGUCCGAAAGCGCAACAGCAAUUGUCGCAAGCUAUGCAAGCGUUAAGUCUAUAUCAAAGUGGUGGAAAUUCGGGUGAACCUCCUCCGCCGUAUCCCAUUAAUGCAGGUGCACCGCCGCCUCCAAGUUACACCGCCUCAAUUCAAAGUCGCCAAAGUCCUACUCAAUCACAGUCUGACUAUCGGAAAUCUCCUAGUAGUGGAAUAUAUUCUGCCACAUCAGCAGGGUCUCCAAGUCCUAUAACUGUAUCGAACAGUGCAAUUAUCCCGCCAUCUUCUUCUAUGGCUCGAACGCAACCUUGGAGUGCAUAUCAAACAAGAACCCAACCUCCCAUCAUCAUGCAAUCGGUGAAAUCAACACAGGUUCAAAAGCCGGUUCUGCAAACAGCCAUCGCUCCACCUACGCCAGCGACUCCUUCGGCAUGUGUUUCACCAGUUCAUGUGACACCUGCUCCACCUUCAUAUGCUUCAUCUAUUCAACAAAAAACUCAAGCAUCACCCCUAAUUGCUGGGACAACGACAAUCGCUCAAAAAGCACAGCCUUCUAAUAUCCAAACUACAACGCCGCCAACAACACCACCCAUCAUUUCGAAUAAUAUAAAUGGAGCGAAUGCUCCUAUAGUCCCAACAACAGAGCCCCCGUCGUAUGCAAGUACAAUUCAGGCAUUGAAAGCCGCUCACCAUCAUCAACAACAGCAAAAUCAGCAUCAACAACCGCAACCUCCAGCUUCCCGACAACUACCCCCGCCACCACCUUAUCAGAUAUCUCCAAAUAGUAACAUUAGCAAUAAUAAUAAUUUAACAAAUAACAAUUUAGAUGCUGUGCCAAUUUUAACAAGUUCAAGCGUUAUCGCGUCAUCAAACAAUAACAUAACAUCAACUCCCCCAUUGCCUCCAACGUCAUCCUCAUCUGUGAAGAGUGGCGGAAAUACAAACAACAAUAACGGAUCAUCCAACCAAACGGGCAACCCUCCAGAAAAGCCCAAAAUCGCCAUAAAUCCAUCGAGUAGUAGCAGUACAAAAUCGUCUACAAUAGAGCCCUGUCGAAAGAUCAAACACCAAUCUCCGAAGCCGGAACGGAAAAAAGUGUCGAAAGAAAAAGAGGAGGAACGCAAGGAAUUUCGAGUACGACACUAUUCCCCGCAAGCUUUCAAAUUCUAUAUGGAACAACAUAUCGAGAAUGUGAUGAAAUCUCAUAGGCAACGCAUAUUCCGGAAGAACCAGCUCGAAAAGGAAAUGUUGAAAAUUGGUCUGUCGGCCCAGGCUCAGGUACAAAUGCGCAAGAUGCUAAGCCAAAAAGAAAGCAACUACAUUCGUUUAAAGCGCGCUAAAAUGGAUAAAACCAUGUUCGUUCAAAUUAAACACAUUGGGGUGGGAGCUUUUGGGGAGGUUAGUCUUGUACGAAAAAUCGACACGACAAAUCAUUUGUAUGCAAUGAAAACAUUACGAAAGGCGGAUGUCCUGAAGAGGAACCAAGUGGCUCAUGUGAAGGCCGAACGUGAUAUUCUAGCUGAAGCAGAUAAUGAAUGGGUUGUUAAGUUGUAUUAUAGUUUUCAGGAUAAGGAUAAUUUGUAUUUUGUUAUGGAUUAUAUACCGGGUGGUGAUUUGAUGUCGCUUCUCAUUAAAAAGGAAAUUUUUGAAGAACCACUGGCUAGGUUCUACAUUGCCGAAUUGACCUGUGCUGUGGAGAGUGUUCAUAAAAUGGGUUUUAUCCACAGAGACAUCAAACCUGACAAUAUUUUAAUCGAUCGUGAUGGCCAUAUUAAAUUAACAGAUUUUGGACUUUGUACAGGUUUUCGAUGGACUCAUAAUUCAAAAUAUUAUCAAGAAAAUGGUGACCACACAAGACAAGACUCGAUGGAACCUUGGGAAGAAUUUGGCGAAGAUGGAAGAGUACCAACAGUACUUGAACGACGAAGAAUGCGCGACCAUCAGCGAACUCUAGCUCACUCCCUAGUCGGUACGCCAAAUUACAUAGCCCCCGAAGUUUUGGAACGAAGCGGCUACACGCAACUUUGUGAUUGGUGGAGUGUUGGCGUCAUCUUGUAUGAAAUGCUGAUUGGGCAUCCGCCGUUCUUGGCGAACAGUCCACUGGAGACUCAACAAAAAGUGAUAAACUGGGAGAAAACUCUUCAAAUACCGCCACAACCAAAACUCUCACCCGAAGCGACUGAUCUAAUACGCCGUUUGUGUUCAUCAUCUAAAGUACGCCUGGGGAAAAAUGCUGAUGAAGUGAAAUCCCAUCCGUUUUUCAAAGGUGUCGAUUUUGCGGAUAUGCGUAAACAGAAAGCACCGUAUAUACCAAAAAUCGAAUAUCCCACUGACACAUCGAAUUUCGAUCCGAUCGAUCCGGAGAAGCUUCGUAAUUCGUCGGCCGAUUCCAAUAAAAGUGGUGACGAUCCUAAUGAUACAGGCAAACCAUAUCAUGGCUUCUUUGAAUUCACAUUUCGACGCUUUUUCGAUGAUAAACUUAAUCCAAAUAUGACUGACGAUCAGGGUCCAGUUUAUGUCUGACGAUGAGUGUAGACAAUUGAAAAGGAAAUGCGAAAUGAACAAGUAACUUUUAGAUGAAAUGCUGCAAUUGUGUAGAGAUGCGCAGAAUACAUUGAAAUGUCGACUUUCUUAGAAAUUUUCGUGCGGAGUUUCCGGAUAAAGUGUAAAAUCGAUCGGGAAAUUUCGACGGCCCGUUAGAACCGUUUGAGGUAAGGGUAUGAUAGUAAGUAAUGGAAUGGAGCGUUUACUACCCAUCCAGUUUCUUCCUAGACACAGUCCCGGAGAUUGGUGGGGAGAAAGGGAUAGUAGUAAACGAAGGGAAUAGUUAGUUGAAUAAUUAUUGUACUUGAGGUAAAUUUUCAACCAUUUUCAGAAAAAGGAACGAUCUUUUGUGUUCCAAGAGUAAUUCUUCAUGGUUCAGACAAACUAUUCUGCGCUACUCUGCAUUGUAUUUGUUUUAUUUCUGAAUUUUAAUUCAUAUCCACUCUAAGCAAAUACUUUUUAAAUUCCUCUUUAUUAAUUAAAAUUGUUUUCAUCGUUUUUUGGUGAAUUUUUAUAUAUACACAUUUCUUGUUGAAUUUUAUCUUAUAAUUUAACAUAUAUAACCAUUUUUAGCUCCUUUACAAAUAACCUCCUUUGUUUUGUUAUAUUGGAAAUAAAGUGCUCCUUUCUUGUUGUUGCGAUAAAGUAGAAAAAAGAAUACCCCCACCGGAUUUUAGUAUCUAAAACCUUUUUUUUUUGUUUUCGUUUUCUAAUGAAGAGAACUAAAGAAUGAUAUGAAAAUUGAAUUUAUAAAGAAUAAUUUGUCUCGUAAAUGGUAGUGAAAUGAACUUAGGUUUUAAAAGAAUUUCAUUAGGUCCUGAAUUUAAAAUGAUACAAAUAGUGUGAAAAUUAUUGACGUGAUCUUGAAGUAAUGAGAAGGGAAAAACGAAUUGAUUUGAACGACUUUUCUUUUGAAAAUGAAAUGGAGUAUAGAUAUAUUUUUAAAUAUUUAUUGGUAUGAUCAAGAGAAGUGAAUUGAAGUGAUUGAUGUAAAUAUGAUGGCAAAUGGAUCAUUAAUGGAUCCAGAGUGCCUAGUUGAAGGUAUCUUAUUUGGUGUUACUAUCAUGUGAAUUGAAUUUAAAAUAAACAAAAAGGAAUUUGGCAGAUGUUGAAAGAUACUUACGUAAAUAUUUAUGGAAAUUUCAAAUAUUUGCUAGAGGUCAUUGAUUCGGAGUUUUUACUAAUUUUUCGUGUAUGAAGAAAGAGUGAAGAUGCUAGUUGCGUUCACUGACGAAGCGCGAUGAGGUCUAGUGAGAAAUUUUAUAUUGUCCCAGAAUAGUUUUAAAAGUGAAUAAGCGCUUACUUUUCAAAGAUCCUGGUAGCCACUUUGCUUGAAGCAGAUCCUCUGUGCGGUAGAAUUUUUCCAGUGAUAUUUGCACAUUUUUUUCUUUCGGGGUUUCCAUCUAAUUGAAUCAAUUUUUAGUUGAGUUUAAUAGAAGGAGUCUCCGAAAAACUAGGCGUCCUGCGUUAACGGAAAAUAACUUAUGCAGGUCAUUGUUAUCACUAGAAAGAGCGAUCAUUACGAUUUGUGUAGGUUGGUUGAUGCCUAAGUUCAAUAGUUUGAGACUGACGACUUCUCGGUAAGCUUUUACUCCUUCUUUAACUAGCACGUUGGGUUAUAUCAUUGUAAUAAAAACUGUUUGCCCUAUCUAACUGUAAUUAUCACUUUUGGGGAAAAGUUAACCAUGAAUCUAUAACGGGAAAAAAGUCGGGGAAGUGGGAAGAUGAAAAAUCUACUAUUUUAGCCGAUCAGAGAAACUACCUUAGCUAGCUUAAGUACUGAGGAAGAGAGUAAGUAGCUUUCGAAAUACGUAUUUACUAACUAUUAAAAUAUAUUGUAGUAGGAGCAAGCUACCUAGUUUUAUUUUUAUUUAGAAGAACUACAAGCAUCGGAACGAUAACUAUUUUUAGCAUUACAUUCCUAUUCUUCUCUAGCCUUUGUGUCAUUCGAUAGCGGGGUCGGUUUGUCUAGAUCACAUUUGUUACUUUUCACGGUCAUAGGAUUGGUUCGCAUGGAUUGUUCCGAAUCACUAUUUCUAGUGUAUCCACAUAUUGAAUGUACUGACGACUAAUGUCAAAAUCUCAGCAGUUCUCAAAGCACAGUUCAAUUCAACGUCAACCUUCAACAGUCAUCGUGUCGUGACAUUUACAAACUAGGGGAAGCUGAUAACGGGAGAUCGGAUUAAUGUUUAUUCAUUUUUAUAAUUAUUUAAUACUUUUAUUUUUAAAUAUCAAUGGCUUCGGCUUUUUUUCAAAACCUAGAAUAUAAUGUGGAGAAACCGUUUUCUUCAUAAUAUUUUUUAUUUAGAAUAUUUCAAAGUUUGGUAAUUUCUUUCCAUUUAUUGUCCCAACUCUCGUUCGUGCCUAAGCUGAAUAACUAUUCGUUUUUCAAACUACCGCUGCGUAAGUGUUGAUUAGCUUCUUAUGCUUACUUUGGAGUUAGAAAUUCAAGCCUAUUUUGAGCAUUUUUUUGAAAAUUAAUAUUGACCACUCCUGGGAUCUUGAAACGUUAUCACUACAGAAGUGACCUCAACCCAAGGACACGGUCAUAUUUUUCCCUAUCCUCGAGAAGCUGAAUCAUGAAAACUCAUCUACAAAACAUUAAAAUAAAUAUUACGCGUGGUAUUGUAAUGACACGAUGUGCGUAAUGAGUUACACUUGCUUUUGAACGAAAGGGUCCAGGAACUCCGUGUAAAUUCAUUUUUUGGAAUCUUUUUCCAAGUGAUAAAAAAUCGCCUUGGAAGGAAACAACUUGAUGAUGAUGAAGCUGACAAAAUGGAAUUCUUUUAGCAAUUGUUAUCCUUUUCGUAAUUGGAUCGUCGGGGCAAUGGGUUGACAUUGCAUUUGGCUAGGAUUCUCACUUGAUUUCACACACACUUAUUCCCUAAGUCGCUUCAGCCAGCAAAGAAAUUUAUACCUUGAUUUUCUGUUGGGGUAACGCCACUGAUGAUGCGGCAAAGGAAUGAAUAUAUAUGACAAUAUGUCAUGGGAUGGCUGGUGGCGAUAGUCAAUCUUUGAUUUUAGUUAAUUUCACUCAAGAUGCCUGAAAUCCAAAGUCCGCUAUAGUCGAAGGAUGCUCAAUCAGUUUCUUACUGGUUUUACGUGGGUUUCAAGGAGUAACUGUUUCGAACCUUUCUCGUUGAACUCGUUAGAAAGGCGGAGAGUGGGAGGGGUGGAAAAUGAUGAUUUCUUCAACGGACCCAUUCUCAGAAACUACCGGACCGAAAAAUCUGAAAGAAUUCAUGAAGCUGCCUUUAUAUAGUGCCCAGGC